CUCUUCUUCCUAAGUUCAAUCAAAGGAAAAAUCCCUAAAAUCACUUGCAAACAUUGUAUGGUGUUACUGAAGCAAUCAAAUAGAAGGUUUGGAGAAAUGUUGGUAUAUGUUUAUCAGUUAUGGUGGGAGCUUAAUAUUGUCGCUCGACAUCUUUGUUUGGAAAAGGAGAAAUAAUUUUCAAAGCUUGUUAGUGGGGUUGGUAAAGGAGUUUACUGAAAAAAGCGACCUAUCUUGCAGGUCCACCAUUUGAGGAUGGUGACACCAAGAGAGCCAGAUAUGCUAAUUCUUAAAACUCUAACUUUAUUGAAGAUUGAGUAAAAACCUUAUUUUUUAGUUGGAUAAGUAAAUUUUUAAAUCCCUAACUUUUUACAUAUAGCAUAUGGAAUCUUAAUAAAACAUGUAUUUAAAGUAUGUAGUUCCACAUAUCGAAUUACUGCUUUUAGUUGAAUAAAGUAAUAAAAAUAGAGUUUUGAAUAGUACAAUAAUUAUUGCUAAAUUUUUGUUUGUUGGUGUGAAUUGAUAAGGUAAACAAUAUUGAAAUGGAUAUUUGUAAUAGGUGGCUUGCAUUGUAAAACUACCAUAAUAGCCUUCAUCAGGGUGGUCAUUUUGGGGAAUGGGGUUAUCAUGAUGGGGAUGUUGAUUAUAAGGAUUUUGACACUGAUAUAUUAUCAUUGGUUAGGAUAGAUUUGUGGGUGAAAUCAUUAGGACAUGUUGCUAAUAUAAUAUACUACUAGAAGCUUCCUGGUAGUGACUUUAAGGCAGACCUAAAGACUUUAAAAAAUGAUGUAUGUGUAUUUAAAAUAGCUCUAUUGGCAAUAAGUGAAGGUGGGGGAGAGAUUGAUGUUUAUGUGAAACAUUUGAGUGAAGAAGAGUUGUUGUAUGCAGUAUAUCCUCAAACAAAGAGUAGUGCAGUUAUUGAGGAAAUUGAGAAAGAGGAUAUGGUGAACAAAACCUCUGAUACAUGUGAAGCUACAGAAAGUGCAUUUGAAGGGAUUGUGAGUUUUGGUGGAGGGCAGAAACCUUUAUAUAUUAAAUAAGGUGGAAGUGUAACUGUAGAGAAUGAAGAAGUGGAUAAGAGUGGCAGUGAGUAUGUGAGUGAUUGGAAUGAGGAUGAGCAUGAGAUUGUAGAAGCAAAGAUUGAUGCAGAGAGUUUGCAGAAUAAUGACAAUAUUACAGGGUACGUGGCACAACAAGAAUAACAACCUGAAGCUACACUUACUACUGUUAGUAAUCAGGGUGAAGAUGUCAUAGUGGAUUCAGACUAUGAUAUUAUUGAUGGAGAUGAAGAUCUACAAGCUGUUUUUAGGGAGACUGGCCAGUUAAAUGAUGGUGGAGGUAUUAUUGAAGGUGAGCAUGCAAGAGUUAACAUAAGGAGCAAGCCCAAAGGUAAUGGAAAGUAGGUUAAAGCUAGUGGGGUUGAUGCAAUAUUAAAAUUUGACUUAAAUGAAGGAUCAUCAUACUAUAAGCAUGAUUCAGAUAAAGAUGUGAGUGCAUCUGAGGCUGAGGAUGAAGAGGAGGGUAGUAAAAAGAAGAAGUUGAAGUUUUCUAAAUUCAAUACAGAAAAAAACAUGGAAUAUACUAAGUUUGAAGUUAGAAUGUUGUUUAAGGAUAAGGAAGAAUUAAAGAGGCCUGCAAGUAGUGGGGUAUCAAGCAUAGAUAUCAACUGUAUUUUUAAAAAAUGAUAAAAGAAUAGUGAAGACUAUAUGUUAUAGAAAAUGUGAAUUCUAGUUUUAUGCUAGCAAAUUCAGGCCUAAUGAUAAUGAUGACAAAAUCUUUCAAGUGAAGUUAAUGAACUUGUAACACAGUUAUUGCAAAAUACAUUCAAACUUUCAUGUAACUUCCAAGUAUCUAGCAGAGAAAUACUUGGAUGAAUUUAGUAUUGACUUUGCAUGGGAUUUACAAGCUUUUAUAACAAGAGUCAAGAAAGAUAUAAAACUGACCAUAGAUAGGAUGAAGGCUUGGAGGGUAAGGGAUUAUGCACUUAAGAAAGUAAAUGGUGAUGAGGACUUACAGUUUUCAAAAUUGUAUGAUUAUAAGCACGAACUGAUGAAGACUAACCCUCGUAAAAUUGUGGAGUUCAAAGAACCAAAGGAGAAGUUUAAAGGAAUGUAUGUAUGUCUAGUAGAUUGAAAAAAGGUUUCAAAGAAGGAUGUAGGCCAUUAGUUUGUUUAGAUGGAUGCUUCUCAAAAGAAACUUAUAGAGGAAUUGAUCUUAAUGACUGCAUGUUUCCUUUUGCAUUUGCUUUGAUGAAAGUAGAGAGUAAUGCAAAUUGGAAAUGGUUCAUUGAGCUUAUAAAGGAGGAUCUACAGAUAUACAACUCAUACCAAUGGAUCUUCAUGAGUGAUAGACAAAAGGAGGGCACUAGUGUAUAUGCUGAGAUAGACUUUACUGGAGGACAAUAUUCUGCCAAGGCUGAGGCAAUACCGACAACUCUAUUUGAUGUUCCUAUGACCAACAAUGAUUUUCGUCCUCAAUUUGAUGCAACACAAGGAAGUACCAUUAGUUCAAUCGAUGGAAUCUUUGUAAGUGUUAUUUUAUCUCAUAUUUUUUAACACUUUCUAGCUUUUUUAUUAUUAUCUAGACUUAAUUGAGAAUAACAUUUUUGAUUUAGGGCCCUAGUAGGAUAGACUAUGCAUAUACUAUCCAUACUGAAGCUAUGGAACUCUCUAGUAAUUAAAAGAGCACAUCCUCUCAAGUUCCUAAUGACAGAUCUCCUGCUCUUGAAAUAAUCCAACCUGUUUAAGAUCAAGUAAAAAGGAUGAAGAGGAAAAAAGCUCAAGGAAUAGAGGUGCCAUCCAGAUUCAUGCAACACAUAAAGAAGACCAAGAAUUGAAUCUUCAUAGUUAUUUUUUUGACAAUUUUAAAGUUGUACAUGAUAGGCAUUAUUUUGUAUUUUGUAA